UGACGGCGCAUGCGCGUUCCUCCCUCACGGCGGCGGCGCGUGCGCGGUGCGGGGCGGGCGCUGAGGGGAGCUCAAGGAGAGCGGGGCCGCCAUGGCCGGUGCCGUGCAGAUACCGAGCAUGGAGGAGCUGGACGUGCAGGAGGUGGCCGUCAGCUCGGCCGUGCUGAAGGCCGCGGCCCAUCACUACGGCUCACAGUGCGACCGGCCCAACAAGGAGUUCAUGCUGUGCCGCUGGGAGGAGAAGGACCCGCGGAAAUGUCUGCGGGAGGGACGGCAGGUCAACCAGUGCGCCAUCGAGUUCUUCAGGAAGAUUAAGGCACACUGUGCAGAGCCAUUUACUGAGUACUGGACGUGCAUUGACUAUAGCAACUUGCAGGAGCUCCGUCGAUGCCGAAAGCAGCAGGCAGUGUUUGAUAACUGUGUGAUGGAGAAGUUGGGCUGGGUGAGACCUGAUCUGGGACAGCUCUCUAAGGUCACAAAAGUGAAGACAGAUCGACCUAUCCCUGAGAAUGUCUAUCAUUCUAGACCUAGGCCAGAGCCCAAUCCACCCGUUGAAGGAGAGCUGAAGCCUUCUCCAUUUGGCAGUAGGCUUUUUUUCUGGUCGUGGUAAAGUGGGCAGACUGUGCCAUAACUAAAAUGCAAAGAUACACUGAUUGCAAAUGUAAAUUGUCCAGUACAUGUUGAGUAUAACUUUAAUCAUUAAAGAAAAAACAAAAAACAU